ACGAUUUACCCUCUCCUCCUCCUCCUCCUCUUCACCUUCUACCACCACCCGCUUCAUUAAAAGUUAGGCAAUGCAAUGCCAACCCCAGCGCGGUCGUCCGCUCCACCCGACAGGCACGCGCCCGCCACCGACCCCCGUCCACCACGUCCCAGCGCAAAAGCGCUCGGCAAGCGCAGGGAGACGUUCCACGUCUUAUCGGCAGAGCAGGAAGGUGGGGAGAGCGAGGUGGCAGCGGGGGAGGGGAAGGAUGCUGGACAACCCAAGAAACGUGUCUUACCCUAUCGAGCGAGGAGGGCGGGCAUGGGUGGCCUGGGAAGCAACCUCGUCGAUGACCAGAUUAUGCACUAUAUCCAGCAGAGAGACGAGAAACCUCUUAUCCCAGAAAACGCAGUCUUCUUGCUCACGACCCGUGAGAAGGGUUUGCCAUCUGUCGAUGGGCCUGAGAGGCCCCUCCCGCUGCUGUCCAAGUCUGUGCCCGCGGCGUCCUCGUCUACUCCCUCUAAACCUCCAUUCACGCGUCUCACCGAUGCCGAGCUCGUUGGGAGUCGCCUGCGUGCCCGAGCAGAAGAGGUCGAGGAUACUUCUGAUGCGGCGUACCUUGCCCGACAUAGGAAGUACGAGGCUACGGAACGCAGGCAGCGGAAGCGUGAGGUGGAGAAGCUGACACAUGAGCACUACCUCCUGAAGCAGCGACUGAACGAGUACGUGCUUAUGGACGCCGCUGCGUUCGGAGGGGAGGAGAAGAAACGGGCCAUGCUAAGAGGCGCAGAGGAGCUCGACCAGAAGUACCAGGCGCUCUUAGGCCCCAGAGUGGAGAAGACUCAGAAGGAGACACCUGGUGAAGCAUCGGAGAAAGCGAGGGAAGACCUGGCGAGCUCCACCUCAACCCGUGGAAGACCGAGGGGACGGAUGUCCGAGCCACCUGUGCACACCCCUAACAGAGGUCGUCCAAAACAAGCGACGACAUAUUCACAUAACAACUCUGCGCGUUCUACACCUCAACCUCACUCUCACCCCCAUCAGCAUCCUCAUUCUCAGAACCGUGUCGCCGAACUUCGCGGCAUCGACGCCCCCUCCAUUGCAGGGUACAUCGCUGCCGCUGCCUCUGCCUCGCCGAUAUCCGACCCAGGCACCCCUAUGGCCGCAUCCCGCCCCCGCUCCCAGCAGCCACUAUUCACCACGACACCACUGCCAAUCCACCGCUCUCAGCAGUCGACCAACUCUCACACCUCACCGAACUCAGUCGUGCGCAUUCACGGACGCGAUUCGCACGGUCGGUUCGCGCCCAAGCUCAGCAUCGGGCUAAAGCGCACCGCCUCAGGACAGCUUAAACUCGGGAGCAGCAUGGACGCUGCUGGCUGCCGAACGCUGACGACAUACCGCUCUGUGCCUAACCUGUCGGCACGCAAGCGCACCCCGCCGCCGCAGACACCCGUCCUUGUACGCGCUGCUUCGCGUCCCUCUAGAGCGGAACGUAACCUGCGCAGACCGACAGCGUUCGGCGUCCCUCUAGGAGCAGGAGUGGAAGAAGAACGAGAGUUCCAGAUACCCACCUGGGUGGAGGUCCGAUAUCCUGAGUCUGAGGUACAGCAGAAGACGAUGGACACUGGACAUUGGUUAGAGGAGGAGGAGAAGGACGAAGAAGAGAUGGACUGGGAUGUAUAG